AUGUCAUUAGUGCUUGACUGUUUAUUCCUGUCCUUACAAAAUUUUACUUUGCAGGUGCAAGCAUUGAAAGAGUGUAUUGAAGCAGAAAAGGGCACUGGUUUCCCUGUUGCUGGUCAGAAACUCAUUUAUGCUGGAAAGAUUCUAAGCAACGAUGUGCGGCUCAAGGAAUACAAGAUUGACGAGAAGAAUUUUGUCGUCGUUAUGGUAACAAAGCCUAAGAGUACCCCCGCAGAAACUGGAUCUGUUUCUACAGUUGCGCCAUCCUCCACACAGUCGCAGCUAGAAGGAGAGGAGAGACAGAAUACAGAUGAUGGAAGCCAGACCCAGACUAUUACCAGCUCUGUUUCAAUAUCCAGUUCAAUGCCUUCUUCAGGGAGUGACAUACUGUCCAAUCCAUUGUCAGUUAGUGAUCUGCACCCUGCUCAACUUUCCAUGAUCGAUUUAAUGUCAGAACCGCGUUUGCAGAGUGACAUGUCUGAGGACCUGCCCCAUGAUGAUGCUAACACAACCACAGUGACGGACACUGCUUACGAAACCAUGCUGUCAGAAAUUAUAUCAAUGGGUUAUGAGCGUGAACAGGUGGUGGCAGCAUUAAGGGCAAGCUUCAACAACCCGCACAGAGCUGUAGAGUACCUGCUAACGGGUAUCCCCCAUAGCCCAGUGCAGGAGAGUGCGAUGUCCCAUGAUAUUCACGAUUCUGGUCCACUAUCGAUGCCAGAACAACAAGCUGAGAACCCUUUGGACUUCCUCCGGGAUCUGCCCCAGUUCCAAAACAUGAGACAAGUACUUCAGCAGAAUCCAACGAUGUUACCAGCCCUGCUUCAACAGCUGGGCAGAGAGAACCCACAACUACUGCAGCAAAUCAGCCAGCACCAAGAACACUUCAUCCAGAUGCUCAAUGAACCUAUAGAGGACGUCACAGAGAUUGAAGGGGAGAUGGGAGCAGUUGGAGAAGAUGCAUCGCAGUCAAGCUACGUUCAAGUUACGCCCCAAGAAAAAGAAGCCAUAGAGCGGUUAAAAGCCUUGGGUUUUCCUGAAGGCCUCGUCAUUCAGGCUUACUUUGCCUGUGAGAAGAAUGAAAAUCUUGCUGCAAACUUCUUGCUGCAGCAGAACUUUGACGACGAAUGAAUAACAGGGAAGAAACUCUAGGCAUAGAGUUUGAUUAUCUGCUCUCCAGUGCGCAAACCAACUUCAAUUGAAAUGCUGUCUUUCAGCUGUGUACGUAAAUAAUGAUAGAAAUAACUAUUAGAGACUGUACAUUACAGUUUAAGGUGGGGCUAGAAACACAACUAAUUUUAACCUGUAAUGGCUGCAAAUUGAACUGGGGGAGAAUAUCUUCAAUAUUAAAGCAAAAUAAAAAUGUAAAUAUAACUUGUUUACUAGGUUUAAAGAUUUGUUUUCACCUGAAGUGAUACAAAAUUAAGCGCCCAGAAAUGGGGAGCAUGAGGGUGUGAGACGAUCCAUAUUCAAUUGAAUAUUUAAAAGGGUUCACCAUAAGUUUGAGAACCCUGGGCACCAGUGCACUAACUACCUGCUUUAAUAGCAGAUGCUUCUCAAUGUUUGCAGCAAAAAUGGGUACAUGACUGGACCUUGUUGCUAGUUUACCUUCCACACCUUUGUUUCAUGUACACCUUUUUUUUGUGUGUAUGUGUUUAGUGAACUAUCUUGCAUCAGGACCAUUGUGUGGCAACUGUGCACAGCCAAGUCAUCGCAUUCGCAUUACAAAGUGGUUUAUUUCUUAGAAAAAGGGUAUGGGCUCUGCACCUUUGAAGUAUGUUUUUUUUCUUGUUAUCCCACUUAAAAUAGAUUAAGACUGAUGGGAUAGAACUUUGUUUUCUUUACAGUGUCAUUAUUGCUUUGUCAUUGGCAAAGACACCUGUCUUCAAGAGUUUCUGUGUAAUUAAAAGUUAUUUUUAAUUAAUUUGGAAA